AUUAAAGCAUCAACUUGAUUUCACACAUCACCCAAUUUCAUCAUGCCUGAAGCAAUCUCUCACCAUAACAUUACUGAGAACGUCGUAGGAGAGUCUAAGCACAUUAACCGUGCUGCUCCUGGGGCUCCUUACUUUACUCCUCUUCAAUCUCCUCCUGCAGGUGCAGCAUUUGUCCGCGAGGAUGGCAAGACAGUGCCCAAAUUGUUCCAGCCCUUGAAGCUUCGUGGCUUGACUCUCCCUAACCGCAUCUUCCUGUCUCCUCUGUGCCAGUACAGUGCUGAGGACGGACAUAUGACCGACUACCAUCUGGCACACAUCGGUGGUAUCGUGAAGCGUGGCCCCGGUAUGACUAUCAUCGAAGCCACUGCCGUUACUCCUGAGGGCAGAAUCACCCCCGAAGAUGUCGGUCUUUGGAAGGACAGCCAGAUCGCUCCCAUGAAACGUGUUGUUGAUUUCGCCCACAGCCAGAACCAACUUAUCACAAUCCAACUUGCACACGCCGGCCGUAAGGCAAGUUGUGUAGCUCCCUGGUUGAGCGCGGCUGCUGUUGCACCCAAGGAGCAGAACGGGUGGCCAGACAACGUUCUUGCACCUUCUGCUAUCCCCUGGAACGAGCACCACGCAAACCCUCGCGCCAUGACCCUUGAGGACAUUGAGAGCUUCAAGAAGUCUUAUGCUGACGCUGUUCGCCGUGCUCUGACCGUGGGCUUCGAUGCAAUCGAAGUACACGCGGCACAUGGCUACCUUCUCUGCUCGUUCCUGUCUCCCACAUCGAACCAGCGUACCGACAAGUACGGUGGAAGCUUCGAAAACAGAACCAGAUUUUUGCUUGAGACCGUCGAUCUUGUCAGAGAGAUCAUCCCCGAGACCAUGCCUCUCUUCGUCAGAGUCAGUGGAACCGAGUGGCUCGAGGAGGUCGAGGAGAUCAAGGAAAGCUGGACUUCUGACCAGACCGUCAAGCUGGGAGAGAUCCUUGCUGAACGCGGCGUUGACUUGAUGGACAUCAGCUCUGGCGGUAACCACCCUAAGCAGCACCCUCAUGCAGCCCCAGGAUACCAAGCACCUCUCAGUAAGGCAGUCAAAAAGGCUGUGGGUGACAAGAUGGCCGUCAGCGCUGUCGGUAGUAUCCACACUGGCAAGUUGGCCAACGAGCUCCUUGAGGAGGGCCUUGAUGUCAUCAUGGUUGGACGGCUGUUCCAGAAGAACCCUGGCGUUGUUUUCGCUUUUGCGGAGGAACUCGGUGUUGAGGUCAACAUGCCAAACCAGAUCAGAUGGGGAUGGUCAAAGAGAGGUGCUUCUCAGUUGAAGACUUUGUUAGACUCCAAUCUGUAAGAUGUGUAUAAACCAAAAGUGCUUUGUAGAAGUACACUAGAUCGGCGGUAUAGAAAUCCACCGCGGCUUGGAACGCAUGUUCCUGAAUGAUAGUCACGUCACCUCG